GAAGGUGAGUAAACCAGGAAGCCCUUAUUCCACGCCUUCAUUCUCUCUAUAAGAUUCAUUUUAUAGAUUCCAUGGCCACCGUCUCCUCCGCUUCUCCCUGGCCAAGCGAUUCCACCUCCGCCUUAGAUUCGAACUGUACUGUUCCCUCUCACCACCGCGAUCGUGGAGACGAGACCGAGCCUCUCGAUUCCUUCUCCUCCAUGAGCCUCAACUCCGAAGAGAUUACUCAUAAUUCCGAUCGAAUUCCGGAGUCUCAAACACCGGCGAAUCCACCCCCGUCGCUGCUCCACCUCUCCUUCAACCAGGACCACGCCUGCUUCGCCGUCGGCACCGACCGCGGCUUCCGGAUCCUCAACUGCGAUCCGUUCCGCGAAAUCUUCCGGCGCGAUUUCGAUCGGGGCGGUGGAGUCGCCGUCGUGGAGAUGCUCUUCAGAUGCAAUAUCCUAGCGCUCGUAGGCGGCGGACCUGAUCCGCAGUAUCCGCCGAACAAGGUCAUGAUUUGGGACGAUCACCAGAGCCGGUGCAUCGGCGAGCUCUCCUUCAGGUCCGAUGUUCGAUCCGUUAGGCUCAGGAGGGAUCGGAUUAUCGUCGUCCUCGAGCAGAAGAUUUUUGUUUACAACUUCGCGGACCUUAAGCUGAUGCAUCAGAUUGAGACUAUUGCGAACCCUAAGGGCUUGUGCGCUGUCUCUCAGGGUGCUGGCUCUAUGGUGUUGGUGUGUCCUGGUUUGCAGAAAGGACAAGUGAGGAUCGAGCAUUAUGCCUCGAAACGGACUAAGUUCGUCAUGGCUCAUGAUUCGAGGAUUGCUUGCUUUGCUCUCACGCAGGAUGGGCAUUUGUUGGCCACGGCUAGCUCUAAGGGGACUCUGGUUCGGAUCUUUAAUACUGUUGAUGGCACCUUGCGCCAAGAGGUUAGGAGGGGUGCAGAUAGAGCAGAGAUAUACAGUCUGGCUUUCUCUUCAAAUGCUCAGUGGUUAGCUGUCUCAAGUGACAAAGGAACCGUCCAUGUCUUUGGUCUCAAAGGCAACUCCGGUGCUCAGGUGAAAGACACACCCAGAAUUGCAUCUGAUCUUACUCGUACUUCCUCAUCCCCAUCCUCGUCCCUGUCAUUAUUCAAAGGAGUGUUGCCCAAGUAUUUCAGCUCGGAGUGGUCGGUGGCUCAGUUCCGGUUGGUUGAAGGAACUCAGUACGUAGUCGCCUUUGGACAUCAGAAGAAUACUGUUGUUAUUCUUGGCAUGGAUGGGAGCUUCUACAGAUGCCAGUUUGAUCCGGUGAAUGGGGGAGAAAUGUCUCAGCUUGAGUAUCACAACUGUCUAAAACCUCCUGUUUUCUAGAUGCAACUAUUUUCUUAAGUUCCUUCUAUCUUUUAUCUCUGCUCUACUUAAGUGGUGAGAGUCGGUGCAACCAUAUGGUGUUAAUGUAUAUAGUUUGUGUGUAUAAUAAUUACGAAUGGCUCUUAUAAUU